AACGGAUCCAUGUCAACGAUAUCACACCCGAAGACUUCGAAAAGAAUUACAUCAGCAGAGGGAUGCCCGUGGUGUUGACAGGGGCCAUGGACGGAUGGCCUGCAUGGAAAGUAGGAUCGCGUAAAUGGAGCCUGCAAUGGUUUCGACAGACGUAUGGGAACGUAGUAUGCCCUAUCGAUAUUGGAGGAAAGAAAACAACCAUGACACUGGAUGAAUACAUAUCGAAAUUCCAAGAGUACGAAAACCUACCUGCUGGUUCUUCGACUCCCUACCUGAGAACAUGGUACUUCUCCGAUGAUAUCCCCGAACUUGUGGAAGACUUCUCGCCUCCCGAUCAUUUUCAUGCAAACGACAUGUUCGAGAACCUCUCACCCGACCUCAGGCCUCCUUUCCGAUGGCUGUUCUUUGGGCCGAAGGGAACAGAAUCGAAACUUCAUGUUGAUAUUUGGGAGACAGAUGCUUGGCUGGGCAUGCUUGAAGGGGAAAAACUAUUCACACUGUAUCAUCCUGCUCAUCGCAAAUACAUUGAGAGGGAAGAAAAUGAAUGGGUGGAUCUAUUAAAACCUCCCAAUAGUCACAAGUUUCCUGAUCAAUCAAAGGCGGUCCCUGCUCAAACCAUCUUGAAAGCCGGCGAGAUCAUUUACAUCCCUCGCAAAUGGCCACAUCAUGCGCUGGCUCUCUCAGAAUCCAUCUCUCUUACUCUCAACUUUGCCCCACUGUGUGUCAGAAAAAGCAUUCUCAAGCACGUGGUCCCCUACACACGGAACAGAGCAAGGUGUCAGAUGGUGCUGGGAAGAAGAUUGAAGGCUUCAGACAACCUCAUGCAGCUCUGCAUACAUGGAGGAACAAUCAAAUAUGGAGACAUGUGCUCCGACGACGCUGCAGUAGCAAGGAACCCAAUGCAAGCUGCGGAUGAUCCUGCCGCAUCAGCAUCGCCCGAUGAAGAUGGCGACGCGGCGCCGGUAACUUAGUAAACUUCCGUCUGUGACAGCGAGGGACUCCCGAUUAAAGUGAAGUCAGAGC